AUCAUAAAUGAGAUUGGACCUGAUCUGCUAAAUGGUGAAUGCUUUGGAUCAGAGGCACACCCACCAUCUAUGGAAAAUGUAUUCCUCGAUGUUCCUCGCACACAUCUCAUUGUCGACAGUAAUGGAGUCACUAGAAAGCGGGGGCACACCGAGGAUCAGGUCAAGGAAAAAUUGCUCAAAACUUUACAGAUCCUUAUGAAAAGACAGGAAAAUGAAGAUGCAGGUGAACGUGCCGCUGGCGAAUGGAGGCAAGUGGCUCAGGUUCUUGACCGAUUGCUAUUCUGGAUAUUUCUGAGUCUCACCGUGACAAUUACGACCGUUCUCCUACUAAUUAUUCCUGCGAUACACCGAUCACUCGAGGAAGAGUAACCAUGUCGGAUUCUUCGCAUCCUUCAACUUGCCUUCCUUUUGUGCCAGUCUACGUUGAUCUCCCAAACAAAUCUGAUAUUACUGCAUGUACAGUUGCUUCAUCGCCAUUUUCGCUAGUGCCUUAUCUAUG